AUGCAUCCAAUCAAAUUUAAGAUGUGUAGACAUGUAAAUAUAUUUGAGGAAUUUUCAAAGCAUCGCAUUCAUCAAUUGAUUCAGUGCAAAAUGCUACGUCUUUUAUGCUUAAUAAUAAUGAUUAUGAUCAGUGUUGUAUCGUGUGAAAAAAGAGUUGUAGCACGAAUCAUCUUUAUCCCACACCUUAUACCGAUAACGCAUCACGUCCCUGAAAAAGAUGAAAAAAAGCCGGUUACUGAUACCAACAAAGAAGGAGUAAAGACUGAUCCAAGCACAACCACCAGUACAGCGACAGUGUCGACGACACCUGCUCCACCAGUGAAGGAACCUGACUUACAUUUGAGGCCAGAUCCAUUACGUAAGUUUGACAUUUUGCUGGCCUCCAUUGGCGUUUUUAUCAGUGAACCAAUCAAUAUAGAAUUAUCAUAAUUAGGGCUGAUAAUUGAUGCAACAAGCUCCUACUGUCUUUCUCCUUCAUGAAUAAUUCACCUAUGAUCUGAUGUCAUUAACACAGUGGAAGUUGAUUAUGAGUUUGUAUAAUGGUUAUUAGUUGUAAGCCAUGAGUAAUAUUAGUGUCGACCAAGUGGUAACUAGUCCGUCUCAUUGUAAUGAAACCACAAACUGGUUGAAAAAAUCUGACGACUGAUAUCAUUAUUCAGUCAAAAAAUUCGGAGUUGCAAUCAUCUUUUAACCUUAUACCUCU